UGAUUAAUCCCAGAACAAUGCACGUUAUCUUGGGUGUUCAAAGCCACUCCCUAUUUUAUAAGUAGAUACAGGGAUAGCUUAUAAUAUUUUACCUUAACAAAGAUGCGUUUGGAAUCGUCUAACAUUUGGGCAUGUAAUAAGAACCGAUUUUUGUCUUUGCAAUUUUUUAAUAAACUAUUUAGCAAAUAAAUUGUUAUCCGAAUGAAGAGGCCGAGAGGUUGCAUAACUGUUUACGAAUCGAGUUGUUGAUAAGGGUUUGAGAGCUUGAGUGUUUAUAGAUGAUAACAAGUCAUCGUCAAAAUGUGGAAAGCUUCAGGAGGAGCCAAAUUAGAAGUUAUCGCCAAUCCUGAUGAUGAUUGGGAAACAGAUCCAGAUUUUAUUAAUGAUGUUUCCGAAGAAGAACAAAGAUGGGGUUCAAAAACCAUCAGUGGUUCUGGAAGAACUGUCAGUUCUAUUGAUAUGAAUAAAUUGAGGGAAGAGGUUACUGCCGCUGAUGCAAUUCAGAAGAAGAAACAACUUGAAGAAGGAAGAGCUGCUUUUGGAUAUGGAGGCAAAUUUGGCAUUGAAAAAGACCGUAUGGACUCUUCUGCUGUUGGUCAUGAUUAUGUUGCCAAAGUGGAAAAACAUGCAUCACAGAAAGAUUAUAGCGCAGGCUUUGGAGGGAAGUAUGGCGUUCAAACUGAUAGGAUAGAUAAGAGCGCGCUAAGUUGGGAACACAAGGAAGCCAUCCAAAAGCAUGCUUCCCAAACGGAUUACAGGACUGGCUUCGGGGGCAAAUUUGGUGUUGAAGCUGAUCGCCAGGACAAGUCGGCAGUCGGCUGGGACCAUGUAGAGAAGUUACACAAGCAUGAGUCACAAACUGAUUACAGUCGUGGUUUUGGGGGUAAAUUUGGAAUUGAAAAGGAUCGACAGGACAGCGUGGCUGUAGGCUGGGACCACAUCGAAGCACCACAGAAGCACCCCUCCCAGAAAGACUAUGCGGUAGGAUUUGGAGGAAAGUUUGGUGUUCAAGCUGAUAGACAAGACAAAUCGGCCGUAGGCUGGGACCAUAUCGAGCGUGUAGCUCAGCACCACAGCCAGACUGAUCACAGUAAGGGUUUCGGAGGAAAGUUUGGUGUAGAAUCAGAUCGGGUGGAUAAAUGUGCACAUGACUUCAAUGAAACAGUUCAACAAGUUGGAACUAAUUAUGAAAAAGAAAAACCCAAUAUUGGAUCAACAAAACCUUCCAACUUACGAGCUAAGUUUGAAGAAUUAGCAAAAGGAAGUGAAGCCGAAGCGAAGAAGAAAGUUGAAGAAGAAAGAGCCCGAAGAAGGAAAAAAGAGGAAGAGGAGAGGAAGCAGAGUGAAGCAGAAAGUGAACAGAUUGCUGUGAAAAAAGAAGACGAAGAAAUGAAACGGGAUCUUAAAAGCGUUAAAGUUAGAUCUGGAAAUCGUUCUGGGGGUGAAGCUAACAAAGCAGUAUCGGAAGAAUCUGAUUUGUCUAAAUCUGCUUCUUCGAUUCAAAAGGAAGAUGAAGAACCAAUAGAAACCCUACCUGUGCAAUCGAAAAAAGAAGGCUCAUUGCAUUCUAUUAAAUUGAAACCAGAAGGGUCUGAUCCGAAGAAAAGGCGUGAGCGUCAAGAGGGAGAGCCUAACCUCUGUCCUGUUGUGCAGCCGGCCAGUGAACCUCCGGACGCUGCCGGCGAGACCAUAAGGCCUCACUCUAAGGAGGGACACAAGUCGGACACAGAUUGUGUUACUACUUUGCUCGAAGAAGUCCUACAGUGCAUGCACUUGGAACUGUGUGACAUAAGAUCCCGGCAGAUGUUUACGUUGCAAAACAUUGGCCAGAUGAGGGCCGAAGUGAUACGGCUUCGCAAGGACAUGGCUGUGUACAAAUUAUUUAUAGAUACCGUAAUCCGUGAAGUUUUGAAUUGUGAGGAAAAGGAGAUGUUGAACAAGAUGGCCGAACAGUCACAGGAUUGUUCUCCAGAUGAUGAUAGCGGUUACACUGCAAUAGCCCUCUAUGACUACCAAGCAGCUGCCGAUGAUGAAAUUUCUUUCGAUCCAGAUGAUAUCAUUACCAAUAUAGAUAUGAUUGACGAAGGCUGGUGGCGUGGAUCUUGUAAUGGACAAUAUGGCCUCUUUCCUGCCAACUAUGUCAUACUCCAAUGAAGGGAUGCUCAAUAUGUCGCCUUAAUGGCAAGUUAUUUAUUUAGUGUUUAUAAACUGCUAAAUAAACUGCCUAAAUUAUCUUAACUUACUUAAUAUUUAUUUUAAUUAUUACAUUGUUUUAGCCAGUUUUAUAUAUGUAGGAUUAUUUUACUUAACUGAAUCGGUUUUUUUUAUUUUAAAUAAAAUAAUGAGGAACAUUUUUAUCAAUUCAAAAUGAACUCAUUAAGAACUGUAUUUUUAUUGUGUUAUGUCAAUGUUUGGAUUGAAACUGAGGUAUUUCCAUAUUUACCAUAGUUUUACAUAGCUGCUUUACAGUUGGAAUGUGUUAAAAUGCUUUCUAUUUUUUUCUUUAUUUUGGGAUAUAUGAUAAGAUAAAGAGAAGAAGCUAUUAAAUGUUGUCAUUUGCCUUUGGAAGGUAUAAGGAUAUUGUUGUCACCGUUAUCUGUUUUUAUAUUGUUGUCACCAUUAUCUGUUGUUUUUUUUGUGUCAUAGGUUUUGUUAGUUGGAGUUGUCUUUGACAAUGGCCGAAGAAAAAAGCAAUCAGUUUUACUGUUAGGUUAUUUAGUGGUUGUUGUGUCCUUAAGAGUAAGGCUCUGUACAAGAUCAAACUGUUGCAACAUGCUUGACAAAACUUCUUACAGUACAGGUAGCUGCUUUGAAAUUGGAAAAAUUCUGUUGUGAAUUUUUGCAGCAACUAUUGUGAUUUGGUACAAUUUUUGGAAGUCAAAAGUGAAAUUAAAUUACAAGGACAUGAAGGAUGUGGAUUAUGACAAACUGUUCGUGAAGAUGAAGAUGGAUCAAAAUGCCGAUGAAGCUUUAGCGUGAAUACAGAGUGGGAGUUGAAGAUAUACCGUCACUUUUUUUGAGCUAUUUCAGUUAUAUACAUUUUUUUAGGAACCAUUUGGCUCAAAUCUAAUUUCCAAUGUAGGAGGGAUCAGGAGGCAAAGUUGUACUAUGAAUGUUGGUCUGUUAUCCUAUGAGGGAAGUUAUACCAUUGCAACAGUUUGAUUCCCUAUAGAGGAUUUUACUGUUAAAAAAUAAAAUAAAAUCUAACUCUUUAGUCAAAAAGAAAAGAAAUUAGGAUUUUGGUAACAAGAAUGGGAAUAAUGAAACAAAUAUAUAAUUUAUUUCUAUCUAGGAAUGUAGAGCAUACAUGUUACUACAUGUAUGCUCUACAUUCCUAGCUACUGCUGGGAGGAUUGAGGUAGAAGUCUUCUUUUAUCAGAUGGUCUACGCUCCCAACUUGCAGCCUUUGGUAUUGGCAGGUAAAUCAUUUCUAUUUUGUUUUCUUAAAGCAGCUGUCGGUUGAUGGCAAGGACCAAUACAAGAAUGCUCUCUACUUUACCCUUUUCAGUUGUGCGAUAUUGAGUAGGACAAAUGCAGCCAGGUUUCCUUCUGCUCCUGCUCCAAUUGAAUAAAAUUUGUUGCCUUUGGUUAUGGAGUGGGUACUAAUUAUGCUAUCGAUCGAGUAAUCGAAUAUAUUUAUUGCUUAUAUAAUUUUUUUUUAUAUGUUUAGGUAAUAAUAGUGAAAUGGAGUUGGAUAAAAUAUACUAUUUAAUGUUAUUAAUAAUUUGAUUACUAAAAAGUAAUACUUCAUAUUUGCAAAAAAACUGAUUUGCUGUUGUGAAAAACUGUAUUAAACACAAUCUUAAAAUUGUUCAAGUUUGUGUGUAUUUUUGAUGACUCUAAGGAGGUAAACCAUAUCAAAAUACAACAGUAUUUUUCAAUUUCUCGACAGUUGUUUUUAGUGAUAAUACGAGUUGUCUCAAGAAAAGUUGAUUGAUCAUCAGAUACUAGAUGGUAUGAAAAUCUGCGUUACAGACAGAUGGGCCUCACCUGCUUCAUGACAUUCAUUAUUGAUUUCAACACAUGAAUUUUUUUGGCAGUUAUGAGGUGUCACUUAUUUUUUAUCAAAUUGUUAAUUUUAUUUGUAAUAAAAAAUGUCUUUCAGUUAAUGUGCUCAUUUCAUUGAUUGAGGUUUUAAAUGUGUAAGUUGAACUAUUUCAAAUUGUUCAGUUUAAUAUAUCUAAAAUAUUUAAUGAAAUGUGAUUUGAUUUAACAUUAUUUUGUAAGGAUAAUGAUAACAACCAAAUUUAGAAAUAAAAAUAGUUUAUUGCGAUCAGUUGGAUCUAUAUGAUAUAUGAUUAUAACAUUAUAAUAAUUGCAAAAUUGCAAACAGAAAUAUAAGAAGUUGUCAUUAGUGAAUUUAGAUUUACAACUGAUCUUUUUAGAUUAAACUGACCUGUCUUCAUUUGAUGGAGUAAUAUUUUUUUUUUUUUAUAACUUAUUAGUCCAUUAAAUUAAUUAUAUAAGUUAGUUUACAUAGAGCAUUGUUUGUAACAUUGCUACUUUUUUACUGUCACAGACCUUAAUAAUCUUUAUUUUUUCUCUAACUAAUGUUAUGCAUAUCUUUUCCUUUAUUAUUAUUAUUGUUAUUUUGAUAAGUUUUUAUAUAUUUACAUCAUUCAAUUUUUUAUUGUAAACUUAUUAAAUUUAUAAAUGGUAUUUUUAUUUCUGUUGGUA